AUAAUAAUAAUAAUACGAAAAAAGGGGGAACCAAAACCAACCGAGCAGUUGCAGCUUCAGUUUCACAUAUGAACGUGUGCGUUGAAUUUCGGCCCGUUUUGCUACUCUAGUCACCGUCGUUGUCAAUCAGUUCAUUUUCGUUAAGCGACUAUUGCGGAUGCGGAAUAUUUUUCUAUUCUUUCGCUGUUCCGUUACGUUCGUGUUCCGUGCCUUUUAUAUAAAAUAUAUAAAAUAAAUAAUUUGUUUAAAAAACGUGUGUAUAUACAUUCAUGCAUAUGCGUGCAUAUGCAUGUGUUUUUUUGUGUGCGUGGCUGCGUGCGUGUUUGUGUUCGCUUACACUAAUUAGUUCGUGUGGUUUAGUUUCAUUUACAAAAAAAAAAACAAAAACGCUCCUUACAAAGAUUGCGGCUUUUUUCCCAUUUUUUUUUGUUUUAUUUGUUAGUGUGUUUGUUCUUUUUUUUUUCUUGUGUCUUUCUUUUACUGUGUUUAGCUUCCUCCAUUCAUUAAAUAAAAUAUCCUUCGGGUUACAAUCGCGUAUGCAUGCAUGAACGGAUGUUAAACAAUUAGCGGUGAUUUUAAUCUUUUAACGAGACAAACGAGAAAAAGAAAACAAAGCUUUGUUGAUGUUCCGUUAAGUUCGCUUAAAACAACAACAACAACACCAACAACAAAAAGGAUAUUUUGAGGCAAUAUGACCGAUACUAUGAGCUCAGCCGGUAGCUUGGAAAUGUCCUUAAAGGAUAAUGGAUUGAUCGUAGACAUGUCACCGACCGCCAGUAUAUUGCAUCAUAACACUUUAGCCUCUCAUGCUCAGGCUUUGCGUAGUCUUAAAGUGGAUCAUUGUUCGGCCGAGGAACAUUCGCCAACGGAUAGCGGGGGGCGAGAAAAGACGCUUACACCUACGCCGGUAACCGCCAAUAUAAGUAUAUCGCCAACAAAUUUAUCGACAACAGGGUCGACAACGCCAUCUGUUACCACAUUCCGUUGUGAACGAUGUGAGAAUUUCGAGACGACAUCACGAGCAUCUUUACUUCUUCAUGUUGUACAAUGUUUGUCAAAUGCCCCGCGACUUAAGGCAGAAGAUAACGAACCUGAAAACUUACAAACGCCAGCUACAACCGUUUCGCCGAUGGAGGCACGUCAGAAUUUGGUUACCGUUACACCGCCAACGGGCGUAGUAACGGCUGUGGCGAACGGUAGUGCCAAUAGUUCGGCGGCAACUUCCUCUUCAUCGUCGAGCGGCUCCCGUAAAGUAUUUGAAUGCGACGUUUGCAAUAUGAAGUUUUCGAAUGGCGCGAACAUGAGACGACACAAAAUGCGUCAUACUGGUGUAAAGCCUUACGAAUGCCGUGUCUGCCAAAAGAGAUUCUUUCGCAAAGACCACUUGGCUGAGCAUUUCACUACGCACACCAAGACAUUACCGUAUCAUUGUCCGAUAUGUAAUCGUGGUUUUCAACGACAAAUUGCAAUGCGUGCCCAUUUUCAAAAUGAACAUGUGGGACAGCAUGAUCUCGUUAAAACUUGCCCAUUAUGUAGUUAUCGAGCAGGCUCAAUGAAAUCUCUGCGAAUACAUUUUUUCAAUAGACAUGGUAUUGAUUUGGAUAAUCCUGGACCGGCUGGCUCAUCUACUUUAUUGCUUGCCUUAGAGUCACAGGCAUCGCAGGUGGCUGCAGCCGCGGCUGCUGCAGGUUUUGUACCAGCUGGUCUAAACGCUGUUGCGGCCGCCGCUGCUGCUGCCGCUGCCAAUCCAGGUGCUGCUAUUGUAUCGGCUGCUAGUAAUAUGCCUAAUCAAAGCGAUAGUGGGGAAUCGUUACGAUCGGUUGAGAAUGCGACACCGCCUAUGCACUUCCUUACGCCACAUGUGGAGAUCUCUACACUGCCCGACAAUGGCAUGUCGGACAACGCCAUGUUCAAUGUAACGCAUAAUUCCAAUUUUAGCGAUUCUCUUGUUUCUGUUGUUAACUCAUUGUCCUGUUCAUCCUUCUCUCGUUCUCGUACGACCGUUGACAAUGUGCUCUUAUGCGUUUUGCGUGCCUUUGCUUUGCAGGGUCAUACUAACAACAACCACAACAACACCAAUCAUAACAAUAUGAAUGGUAGCAGUACACCAACUAUGGCAUUGGAUGUCACCAAGGAACGUGAUACUGUAAUGCAAUCGCCAGUACCGUUAACUAUGACUGUAGCCCCUCAAGAGCAUCCAUUAGAUUGUAAUGCCAAAUCAUUGCCUUCAAGUACCAGUAAUGGAACCGUCUGUGGCGCCAUGAGUUCAACAAUAUCGCCAAAAACCCAUCACCAUGAAAAUCACAUAACACCCUCCAUUAGUCUAAUACCAAUUAAACAGCAGGAACCGCCCAGUGAAGACAUGAGUAGCGAAACAAUGCGAAGUUUAACAAAAACCAAUUCAUGCGGUGAGUCCAUGAACGGUGGCGACAGCAGCGAAUCAGAAUUCUCGACGCCAAAUUCUCGGUUAACAUCGCUAAUUAAGGUUUCACCUUUGAAAUCUUUGCUAAGAGAAGACCUUAAACGGCGUAUUUGCGCUAAAGCUAAUAAUCGGAUAACCCGCAACGCGAAUGCAGCUUUAGAGAAUAAUAAUGUCAUACAGAGUUCGUUAACACCAGCGAAUGGAGCAGCGAUGAGUGCCACUUCGACAUCGACACCGAUUUGUAAUGGCACUAUUACUUCAACCGGCCAAGAAGGAGAGACGGGCUCUCUAAAUCGUAAACAAAUACUGACAUGCCUCUUUUGCGGCAUUGAAUUUCCCGAUGAAACUUUAUAUUUUUUGCAUAAGGGUUGCCAUUGCGAAAGCAAUCCCUGGAAAUGCAAUAUAUGCGGUGAGCAGUGCAAUAAUGUUUAUGAAUUCAAUUCGCAUCUGCUAAGUAAAAGUCAUCAAUAGCAACCAAUAGUAAUAACAAAUGAAAAUUUGGAUAAUGUCGUUAAUAUCGUCAACGGUAAAUAUGUACAGAAAUGAAAUAAGGGUAAGCAUUAGGGGGAAAGAAAAAAUAGAAAGAAUAAGAAAAGCAUAAUGGAAAAAGGGGAUAAAAGCAAUACUUAAGCAUAGCGAACAAAGCAUAAAAUUAAAAAGCAAAUACUUUUUAACAACAACAACAAAAUUGGAGUGUGAUAGUUAGUCGUUUAGUUUGUAAAACAAUAAUAAUAAUAAUAAUAAUAACAACAACAAUGAACAUUUUUAAAUGAAAUUUAAGAUUAUUAAG